AUGGAUGGAUGGAUGGGGGCGUGCCAAACCUUCAUGUUUCAUUCCGCCAUUCCGCCAGGGCUCAGAGGGCGGCUGGUCUCCGAGGCCAGUAGAACCACCCAUGCUCGCAUCCACAGGCACACUCGGGUUCACAAUCGAGAAUCUGGCGCACACCAGCCCACCGACAUGUGCACCUUUAAUAGACAAGCGGAAGGGGGCAAAUUCGCAACCAAACGCAUCGUCUUUUCCAUAUUACUCCCUCCGUCCCAAGGGGUGUCGGUGCCUACGCGCCAAUAUGGACAAUGUCCCUGCAGACCAGACGAGCCAGACUCGUGCCAAAGGACAGGCAUGGGAGGAUGGAGGGAUGAGGAAAAGUUGGAAGGAACUGGACGUGGCAUUGAAUGGUCUCAAACUUGUCGUUCUACCGAGCAUGACAUGCCUGCAACUAAGCGGGAAACUAAAGAGGCCAACCAAAUCAACAUGUCAGGCGAUGUGUCGAAUGUGAGGAAAACCGGUAAAAGUUUAUGUGGAAAAUACUUGUCCGUAAUUGAAAGACCCGAGGAUGCAACAAGUCUUUCCUCGUGGAGCCCACUUCCAUUUCGAAUGAAACUGUCCGGUGAAGUGGAUUCGAGGUGCAAUCUACCAAACGACAACGGCGAAUGCAUUUUGGCCAGCUGUCGAUUGGCUCUACUUGAACACUCUGGUUGA